CGCUAGCACGUCGGUGCCGCCGCCGGCCUCCAGGCGGGAUUGAGGAGGAGAAAACCAGAAGUGGAAGAAAAUGAAGUAUUUUUAUGUUCAUGCUUUGCAUACACCAAAAAUGAAACAAAUUUUAGAAUCCAACAAGAUUUGAAAAACGUACAAGUAUGCGUAUUCUUCUAAUUGAAGCUUUUUAUGGUGGUUCCCACAAGCAGCUGGCAGAUCUUCUACAGGAGGAGAUAGAAGAAUGUGUCCUUUACACACUCCCAGCAAAGAAGUGGCACUGGAGAGCACGGACUGCUGCUCUUUAUUUCAUGCAAACAGUGCCAGCUAAUGCUAAUUACAGGAUCCUCUUUGCAAGCUCAGUGCUUAAUCUGACUGAACUUAUUGCCCUUCGGCCUGACCUUGGGAAAUUGAAAAAGGUCCUUUACUUCCACGAGAACCAGUUGGCAUAUCCUGUACAGAAGUGCCAGGAAAGAGAUUUCCAAUAUGGAUACAACCAGAUUCUUUCAUGUUUGGUUGCUGAUAUUGUGGUGUUCAACUCUGCUUUUAAUAUGGAGUCAUUUCUUACAUCUAUCGGAAAAUUUCUGAAGCUGAUUCCUGACCACAGGCCUAAGGAUCUGGAAAAAAUAAUCAGACCAAAGUGCCAAGUUCUUUACUUUCCAGUCAGGUUUCCUGAUGUGAGCAGAUUCAUGCCGAAGCAUAAACUAGCCCAUUUGGAGAAGAUAACUGGUGUUAAAGGAAAUGGAGAUACUUAUCUAUUUAGGGGUCUGCCUUUCCAACAGAAGUAUAGAGCCACUGGGAGUUUAAUGAAAAACAGCAGCUCACGUCCUGAGUCUGGACUUUGUGAAGCACAGUCUGAACUUUGUACCACACAACAAGAAAGACUACAAUAUCCAUUAAUAUCACUAGAGAAACUGAACAAGUCUAAAGCAUCAGAAAGUACAAAUCAAGAAGUGCCUUGUCAAGAAGAUAAGCAACAUGUGACUUUUAACCCUUGUAAUCUCUUGAGUGGAAUGGACUAUCAGCAAAGACCUUUGCACAUUGUCUGGCCUCACAGGUGGGAACAUGAUAAAGACCCUGAGAGUUUCUUUAAAGUAUUACUGAAACUUAAGGAGAUGGACCUACCUUUUCAUGUGUCUGUCCUUGGAGAGACCUUCACUGAUGUCCCAGAUAUAUUUUCAGAGGCCAAAAAGGCAUUGGAAUCUUCUGUCUUGCACUGGGGCUACUUACCUAGCAAAGAUGACUAUUUCCAAGCUCUGUGCAUGGCUGAUGUUGUGAUCUCAACAACUAAACAUGAAUUCUUUGGAGUGGCAAUGAUAGAAGCUGUAUAUUGUGGUUGCUAUCCACUAUGUCCUAAUGCUUUGGUGUAUCCAGAAAUAUUUCCAGCUGAAUAUCUGUAUUCUACACCUGAACAGCUUUUUAAAAGGCUUCAGAAUUUCUGCAAGAGACCAGAUAUUGUAAGGAAACAUCUCUAUAAGUCUUCAAGAAGUCAAGGUGAAUGACAUCAGACUCAUUUGGAUAUGGUAUUCUUCAUUGCCUACCAGAAGCUAAUGUGCAGUAUUGCUGUUAAAGGUGGUGUCACUUAAGCAGAAGGCAAAGUGAUGCCUGCGUAUGUUGACCGUUAAGAUCUUUGGAAUGAAAGAUGCCAGAUGUGAGGUAUUCUUCUCACUUAUUAACAUCAUAUCCACUAUUCUUGGUUAUAAAAAUAAUACUGGACCAUAUCUUGUUAUGUGCAGUUGUUGUAUAGUAAUUAAGGGGUUAGCCGCAUUAGGUGGUUUUGAGGAGUAAGCAUGGCUCUCAUUCCACCUAAUAUAUGUUAAGUGAGGUGCCCAUGGUCAACUUUCUUUAACGUAAGUGUCUGACUUUUAUGUGAUUUUAUUAUAAAGAAAACUGUCAAAAAUUCACUCUGAGCCUUUACACCAACUUUUAGGAUGUGCAACUCCUCUUCUGUAGCUGCAUAACUUACCAAACCUUUGGAAUGGAUGUCAUUUCUUGAAUGGCAAAACACCACUUCUAGCUACCUAUGUCCUUAUAUUACCCCAUUGCUGCAUACAAAUGCUAACAAAUUCAUCCUCACAGCAUUCCUAUAUGGUAGGGAAGCAUUUUUAACACCACUUUACAGACAGGAAACUGAGAUGCAGAGCGACUAACAGCCUGAUUCUGAUACCCUCUGUGGGACUUCUUUUGGGGUAAGGUGCUACUCACAGGGAGAGAGGCUGUCAGAAUGCAGCUCUUAAGUGACUUGCCCAAGGUCCCACGGAGUCUGUGCCAUAGCUCUGAAUUCAAUCCAGCUCUCUUGAGCCCUAGAGCAGUGCUUUAACCAUGAGGCCAUCCUGCAUAAAUUGCAUGGAUUACACAAUUUACUAUGCCCUUUCCUGUGUAAACUGAGCACAAAUUUGAAAUGCUUGUGCAAAUGACAUCCAACAUCAAUGCAUAACUCCCUCUCUUGGUGCUAGAGACCUCAAUGAGUUAAAACUGGAAGAGCUGCUCAGGAAGGGGUCACUUAAUAAUCUAUAUCUAAAUCCCAGUCCCAGAUUUUCUUUUUGAAACAUGCUGUACAACUAACACUUUGACAUUUUGGCAAUAUGAUGGGGAAAAAAGCUGUGCCAGCUGACUGAUGAGCACCCAUCCUUUUUAAUUAAUUGGGUUGAAAAAUGUCUUGUGUCAGUUUGAAUUUAGGAGCUCAUUCAGCUGUGUUUUUGUAGGAUAAAUAUAUAUAGAUAUAUUUAACUGUAUAUUUGAACAACCCAGCAUGAAACUCAAUAAAUGAUAAAAAUAUGUUUAUAUUAAAAUAUAUAUACAUAACAUUUCUCACAUAUAUAUGGUCAUUAAAGAUAUAUAAAGUAUUAUAUAAAGUAUAACAUAUAAUGCUCUUUUGUACCGUUCUUAUGAUUUAUAAACACAUAGGCUAUAACACACACAUGCGCGCGCACACACACGGCCAUACAAUUGUGCUUUCUAGUUUUUUACAGAGUAAUAUAUUUGGAUUGUUCUUUAAAUUCAAUGAAUUUAUUUGUCUGCCUUCUCGUAAUAGAAUCAGUUUUGAUAUACCCUUUGUUCAUGCCGUAUAGGCUUCAAUCUAAGGGUUCUUUGUAUUAACUUUUUAAAGUUACAUUACAAAGAGGUUUUAAGAUUUCCCAACAGGCUUUUAUUUAGCCAGGGCUUUUGAUCUCAAACCUGCUGGGGCCUAGUGAAAUCCUUACCAAUUCUCCAGUAACUCCACACUAUCGGAAUUUGAAAAGACCCACCUGAAGGAUUUAACUCGCAGUAUGGCUUCAGCCAUCCUUUAGAUUGUUCUAUUCAUGCAGACAGUGAGGGGGUCUAGGGCACCCUUUGUGAUCCUCUAAGUAGCCUAAGGUGCCCUUUGCAUAAGUUGUACUCCUGAGGAAAUAAAAAUCAGGAGGACACAAACCUAUAUACCUUAUUUCCUGCUAUCUUUACUUAAAGAAGGAGCACAGGGGGUCUGUUUAACAUCCUUUGCUACCUAAAUACCUUUUGGACAUGGGAACUCAAUGAAAGAACUUUCAUUGCAUCCAUUACCCUACUGUGGUGCAUAGCAAAUUAGAUUUAAAAGGGUACUUUUUCCCUUACAGCUAUUUCUAUCAUUUUCUUUAAAAUUUCAAUUUAGUGUCUAGUGACAGAAUAUUCCAUAAUGUAUUUUAGAGCUGUAUAACACCAAUUAUGCUAACUGUGAAGAUUAUUUCAAAAGAAUUAGAGAUAUAUUAAGUUAUAGACAAACCAUUGGGAAAAAGGUCAGGUUAGAAGUAGGGGGAAAAAAGAAGCUAUGUGAUAAUGCUUAAAGCAGUGACAUGAAGUGAAUGCUCUUUUUUUAAAAAAAUCCCUACAUUUUGCAUAAUGCACACUGAGGACAUUUCUCUUCUUACUUUGUCUUCAUUAUUUAGGAGGGAGUAUCCAUAUUUCCUUGUUGUUUUACAUCUAAAGUGUCUCUGUGUAAGACCCACUGUGGAGUCUAACAGUUGUGCAGAAAUAUUAUUUCCUCUAGCUUUGAGAAACAGCAUAAUAUAAAUACAUGAAAGACUCCUGUCUUCUUUUUAUCUAUAGUUUGUUACCUGAUAGUCAGUAUGCAGGCAAAAGACCAGUUAACAGAACAAUUGUGAAAGAGUAUAAUAAACCAUCAGCUACAUUGUUCUUACACUGCAUUUUUGGGUUACCUAUUUUUAUUAAUUUCUCGAAUGCAUACUAUAUGACUGUUACUAGUAUUCUACAUCAGUCUCCCAAGGUAUUAUAGAACAGAUGAAACAUUCCUCUAUUUAUAUCUUUAUCUUUUACAUUUCAGUUUGCUGUUAAUGUAAAAUCUCUCCAAAUGAGGAUGCAAUAAAAACUAAACCUAC